AUCAUUGAAUAAAUAUCUCAUGCAAGAAUCUGAUCCUCUCAGCUAUAAACUAGGAUUGUACAUUACCAAUUUUAAUUUUUUAUAAAAAACAUUCACUAACUCCAAACAAAAAUCCUUUAAAAAAAGAAUAAAUUAAAAAUUAGAUAUUGCAUAGACAAAUUAGUAGUAUUUAACAAUUCAGAUGGUAAUAAAAUCUCAAAAAUCCUCUAUAUUCUCAAGUCAUGUAUUAAUGUAUAUCCGACCGUUAAUUAGAGAAUUAAAAAAUCUUAAAAUCACGAAAAAAAAAAAAAAAAAAAAACUUAUUCCAAAAAACAAGAGAGACAAGAAAUAAAAGCCAAUUAAUGAUACUUCAUAUUCCGUACUGUACAUUGUAUGUUAACAUGACUUCAUCCUAUCCAUUAACAAUAAUUACAAUAGUUGAGUAAUAAUCUCUAUAAAAAUCAAGAAAAUCCCCAAAUAAUAACAGUAAGGUCAGUAACAAUUAACAUGUCCAAAAGUUCAUCUUUAAUAGUGGGGUUGUUUUUGUACAGUUUCUCGUGACAUCUACUUUGUUCCUUCAAUUCUCCCCACAAAACAAAACCGCCCAUUUUUUGCUGCUUCUUGCUUACUUUACUUCACUGUCACAAGCAACAUACACAUCCCACCAUUUUAAUUAAAGUUUUAUAAUUUUAAUUACUGAAAGAAAUUCAGUAAAUUGAGCAAUAAACAAAGAUUUUUGUGGAUUGGAUCUCAACAGUAGUUUUUUUGAUUGAAUAUAUCUAAUUUGGUGGGUGGUUGAGCAUCUGAUUCCAUUGUUACUUUGCUUUGCAACAAUACCCAAUUCAAGGUUUCAAGGCAUGCUCCAGAAAGUAAGGUUUUCCUUAUAUCGAAAACAGUAUCUCGGCGUGGUGAGAGGAAAAUAAUGCUGUAAUUCUAAGCAUCAAGCCAUCAACACAAUGUUUCGAGCUAAAAACUUCAAUUGUAUCUAUCCUUUUUUACUUCAGUAUAGUAGGCCUACCAAAUCUAUAUGGGGAUAUUGUUGCUCCUCAUCUUUUUCUUAGAGAAGCACAGAGGGAAAUUUAUUAAUUUGAUUACAGUCUUACUUGAGCUGGUUGAAUGAUAUAUGACUUUGUAAGUAUUUCUUUUUUAAGUCAUCAUAUCAACCUGCAUGAUGGGUAAGGAAAACCAAAAAGAAACCAUGAGCCUAGAAAUUAGUAGCAGAAGCUCUUCACCAACUAAAAGCAAUAGUUCAAGGGCUUCAACUGCAUCACAGCUCAGUAUAGAUAGGGAUUUGGGCUUGCCCGCUUGUCGUGUGUGCCAAUGUACUGAAUCUGACCGAAGAGGGGAUGCUGCUUUGGGGUUUUUAGGGAUAGAUCCCUUUCUAGAGGAGUCACAUAAUGUGAAGGAGCUACAUGAGCCUCACAAGAAAAUAGCCCAUAAUGAAGUUGAGGGUAGCGCAUCAGUGGACACAAAUCAGAAAAUGCAGCCUGGGUAUGUGCAAUUCAUCAGCCCUACAGGAGAGGUUUUUGUUUGUAAUACAGAUGUAGAAAUGGGAGCAUGUCAUAAACGGGACACACUAAUUGAACUUGGAUGUGCUUGUAAGAAUGAUCUUGCCCUUGUACACUAUGCUUGUGCUCUGAAAUGGUUUGUUAAUCAUGGGUCUACUGUCUGUGAAAUAUGUGGAUGUGUUGCAAGUAAUAUUAGCACUGCUGAUUAUAAGAAAGUCCUUGCUUCUUUGAAAGAUUAUGAGGCAUUACGUGAUAGGACUGCAAGUGGGGUACCUAAUCCUGCACAAGUACAUGGUAGUUCUGGGGUUGAUCCUGAUGCUGUUGCAGCUAUUCGCAGGCAGCGGCUUAGUGAGGUAUAUUUGUGGUUUAAUCCACAUGGUCACCACCGUCAUAAUAAUUUCAGCAGUGAAAAUGCCCCUGCAAUUCUGGUUGUUACAGAACCACCUGCAAAUAUUGUCGUUCAAGAUGUCACGCCUCCUCAGAAUCCAGCUACAAAAUGGGCUGUGGAAGGUACGGGCAUUUUGCUAGCAACAGGCCUGCUUACUAUUACUCUUGCAUGGCUCAUUGCUCCUCGCGUUGGAAGGAAAACAGCAAAAAAUGGUCUUCAUAUUCUUCUUGGAGGUGUUUGUGCCUUAGCUGUUGUUGUCUUCUUUCGCUUUGUUGUACUAACCAGGAUCAAAUAUGGACCAGCACGAUACUGGGCGAUCUUGUUUGUAUUCUGGUUUCUUGUGUUUGGUAUAUGGGCAUCACGGACACAUACUGCACAUACAACAUGAAUUCUGUUAUGAUAUGUACGUCUAUGAUAUGUUUAUAAAGUCUGUUUCUGUGAAUUUUUCAGUCUUGAAGGUGGACGAUUUUUGCGUGGAAAUUUUAAAGUUGUUUACAUUGUAAUUAAUGGCUAGGUCCUGUCAAUCUUUGACAAAAGACAUGGAUUCAUUACCAGAUUUUAGUGGGUAAUGUUAUAAACAAUCACUUGAUAUUAUAAACAAGUGCUAG